AUGUCUUUAGUUGAAUCAAAUUCUUUCAAUCUAUACUCUCAAUCAAAUCACAGCUCAAAUUCUUUAUUAUCCUUUGAAGAGGACUCCUCUUUCAUUAACCCAAACUAUUUAAAUGACAUCUCCACUCAAAUAAUCAACAACUCUAACUUUGUCAACCAAAAUCCCUUUAAAGACAAUCCCAUGUCUUUGUUGAACUACUUGGAUUCAAUCAAAAACCAGAAAAAUAACUUGAAAUCUCUAAUUGACCAGAAAUACUCCUUUUUAGAAAACUAUUUCGUGAAAAACUUCUUUUCACACAACAUCAAUCAAAGCCAGAAAAAGCUAUUUGUUGAAUUGAACUCAAAUAUAGGCUACAAUACCAUUUUCUUCAUAUUCUUGUUUUUGAAAUUCAACAAUUCAAGUCUAUUCAACAAUUUCUACUUCAUUACCAUCGAACCAAAUGACUAUUACUUCAAACUCUCCCAGUCCUUGAUUAAUCUCGUCUAUCCACUUCAAGAUUUGCCCAAAAACUUCAUUUUCUUAAACCAUUCCUCCAUUUAUGACUCGUUGUCUUAUCUACUCAACACUCUCAAGUUCUCAAAUAUAAAUUUGCUUUACUUGAAUAACGAAUAUUCAAAUUUAGAUCUAAUCAACUUUGAAUCAAACUGCUAUAACAACGAUAACAACAUUUUCGCCCCCAAUUUCCCUGAUAAUGAUCUCAACCCAAUCACCAACACCAAUUCAAUAUCAAAUUCCUCACUAUCUCUAAACUCAUUCAAAAUAGUCGAAUCCCUAGGUCUAAUCAAUAAAAACUCAGUAAUAAUCUCAGAUAAUAUCUUCAACUUCCAAUUGUCAGAUUAUAUAAACUAUAUGGACCUCAUUCCUUCAAACAAAUUCCAACUUAAUAACUACUUGCUCUCAAAUCUCAACAACAAUCUUUCCAACUCAAACAACAAAAAAUUAAUCAGAAAAUUCAACAAGAAAAAAUGGAUCUAUCUUGGUAAAUGGAACUUGCAAUAUUCAAACCAAAUGGUAAAAUUUGUCAAUAACAAUAUUAAUCUCAACUAUGAUUACCAAAACAACAUUCAAGUCGAUGGUCUAUUGCUCAGUGUCUGUUCAAAUGCUUUAAUUUAA